UUGUUUGAUAAAAGGUAUACAAGCAUUGUUUCGCCUGUAUUAUUGUUCUAAAGAAGCUUCAACUUGUCGAAGGGGAGGGAGCGCACCCCUCUGUGUGCACCUACUGCGCAGGUCCAAAUAACCUCAUUCAAUCCACGCCUUGGGUCAUCCACACGCAUUUAUGCAUUGGACUAUUCUCUUUAUUACAUACCCAUUCUGUCCUAGCGCACAAAUUUCCAAAAUUUAGAAUCAAACAUUACAACUCCAGUGCCAUACAAAAGUGUUUUAAACUUUAAUAAUGAGUAAGUUACAUGUAGAGGUAACAGUAACAUUGGCCUAUUUUCGAAGAAUAUGUGAGCUCUGAACAAAAAGUGCAUAGAGUGUGAAUAAAAUGGUAAUUGACGCACAAGUACAGUCGCCGCCGAACGUGGAUGUGCCUGACGAGAAUGACCGCACAAACCACACGUGCAACAAAGUUAGGACUGUUAAGACAUUAGACUUGCAGGGAAUUCUUUGGCAAUGCGGCCUAAGAGAGAUCUGCUUGGCUGCUCUGUGGCUUCCACUUGGUGCUUUAAUAUUUUGUUAUGUGACAGCGUCUAUAUUCCAAGCAGAUGAUAUUCAUGAAACUCACUGUAGGGUUUACAACAUAGUACCCUCAAUAAGUGCCAUUACCGGCAUCAGCCCCCAGCGGUACGUGUGGAGGAUAUGUAUAGCCUUCCACCUCGGGCCGAGGCUGCUCAUCGGCUCCCUCUACUAUAACUACCAUAAGCAGCGGAACGCGCAUAUUAUUGAAGAUAAGGUUAGAUUACAAGCGACGCAAUUAGGAGAAGCCUGCUACUGGCUCAACUUGGUAGAGCUGUGCGCCCUCACCGGAGUCACUUAUGUUUCCAAUAGGGAAAAUUACUUUGUACACGAGAAGAUAUUCAUAGUGUUCAUGGUAGCCGCGCUCCUACACAUGCUGUGCCGCGCGCGCGUCGGCAGCAUAGCCAGCGACACCGUGGAGUCGCUACGGACCAACAAGCUUGUGUGGACACUGUUCUACGUGGCCAUAGCUGCCACCGUGGGCCUGAUCGUGUUCUUCCUGAGGCACCGACUUCUGUGCAGGCCUUUAGCUUUCACGUAUUUCUCAGUCUGCGAGUACAUCCUUGCAACAGCCAACAUGGCCUUCCACGCUUUAGUGGUGAGAGAUUUGCCUCUUCACGAGGUUCACGUGGUUUGGCCCACCAACCGGAAAGCAGACUAACAGAACAGUGCACCGCAAAUCCACGUUGGGUGCCAAAUGCAUAGCACCAGAACUCAUCAUG